GCAGCAGCGGCGGAGGCUCCAGUCAGUCAGUCCGACGCUGCAGUCCGACAGUGCGGCCAGUCGUCAACAUCCUCCCUACGACCGCGGAGCUUCUACGGCUAUGUGGCUCUGACUUGACGGUAACCGCUGUGGGCAGUUUAACAUUCACGGACAUGAGGACACCUGCUACAGCGACUGCUUCAAAAAGGCGGACCGGGAAUCCUGACUGGCGUCGAUUUUCACCGAGCAAAUGAGAAAGGAGGGACUACUCGCUCCAUUUCAACCCAUCCUUCUUCACAUUAGCUCUGAACAGAUGCUGAGCGGAACCAAACAUUUGCUUCGCAGCUUCUUCCACGGGGUAAAUCAGCUUCUGGCUUCUAUAAAUCAUUAUAACUUUUUCUAAUAGAGUGAUCGCCAGUACCGCAAAGAAUCAUCAUGACCGUUGUCCCCCUGAGCAGUCACUCCUUCACUGAGGGACCGCAGACCUUCUUGGUUUCUGGAUUUACCAAUGCGGGGAUGAGAUAAUAAAGUCGUCCAGCCAGUGCAUGCUGCUACAACAACACCUGUGGCACCUGUAAACCCACCCCUUCCCUGCUCCCCAGACCCCUCCCCCGAGCCAGGUUAACCCCAGAAGUCAAACCAUGACGACGCCGGCUCUCCUGCCUCUGUCAGGCCGCAGGAUACCCACUCUCUCGCCAGGGGCCUCUUCGUUCCCGCACCACAGAGCUACGCUGAGGCUCUCUGAGAAGUUCAUCCUCCUCCUCAUUCUCAGUGCCUUCAUCACCUUAUGCUUUGGGGCCUUUUUCUUCCUCCCGGACAAUUCCAAGCACAAGCGCUUUGACCUGGGCUUGGAGGAUGUGCUUAUCCCUCACAUUGACUCACCCAAAGAGGGGAAGCAUGCUUCUGGACAGGUGGUCAUACAUGGACAGGGAGGACAUGAUGAACACAGACACAGGGAGGAGGAGGAAAGCCUGAGGGACAAGAUCCGUGCAGACCACGAGCGAGCGCUGCAGGAAGCCAAGGAGAAGCUGCGAAAGUCCCGCGACGAGCUGCGGGCUGAGAUUCAGACGGAGAAGAACAAAGUGGUGGAGGACCUGAAAAAGAAGGACCCCGGGCCCAAACCCUUACCACCCGUCCCCAUGCCCAAGGUGGUGGGUGUUAGUGAUGGCGAGCCACCGGAGCCAGACGCCAAAGAGAAACGUGACAAGAUACGAGAGAUGAUGAAACAUGCGUGGGACAGCUACAGACAAUAUGGCUGGGGUCACAACGAGCUAAAGCCCCUUGCCAAGAAAGGACAUUCCACAAAUAUCUUUGGUAAUUCCCAACUAGGAGCAACUAUUGUGGAUGCUUUAGACACCCUGUACAUCAUGGGUCUACAUGAUGAGUUCAAGGACGGCCAGGAGUGGAUCGAACAGAACCUGGACUUCGGUGUGAAUGCUGAGGUGUCUGUUUUUGAGGUCAAUAUUCGCUUCAUAGGAGGACUGCUGGCUGCAUACUACCUCUCUGGACAGGAGGUGUUCAAGUUGAAGGCUGUCCAGCUCGCUGAAAAGCUGCUCCCUGCCUUCAACACUCCCACAGGAAUACCCUGGGCCAUGGUCAACCUUAAGAGUGGUGUUGGCCGUAACUGGGGCUGGGCAUCAGCUGGCAGCAGCAUCCUUGCAGAGUUUGGAACCCUGCAUAUGGAGUUUGUCCACCUCACAUACCUAACAGGGAAUCCUGCUUACUACCAGAAGGUGAUGCACAUUCGGAAGCUGCUGGCCAAAAUGGACCGACCCAAUGGGCUCUACCCAAACUACCUGAACCCCCGUACUGGUCGCUGGGGGCAACAUCAUACCUCAGUUGGAGGACUGGGAGACAGUUUUUACGAAUACCUGCUAAAGGCGUGGCUAAUGUCAGACAAGACUGAUACAGAAGCUCGCAAGACCUACGAUGAUGCCAUUGAGGCCAUUGAGCGCCACCUGAUACGCAAAUCCAAUGGCGGUCUGACAUUCAUCGGCGAGUGGAAGAACGGCCACCUGGAGAGGAAGAUGGGCCACCUGGCGUGCUUCGCUGGUGGCAUGUUUGCUUUGGGAGCUGACGGUUCACCUGAUGACAAGGCUGGACACUACCUGCAGCUGGGUGCUGAGAUCGCACACACCUGCCAUGAGUCGUACGACAGGACGGUGCUGAAGCUCGGCCCGGAGGCCUUUAAGUUUGACAGCGGCCUGGAGGCUGUAGCUGUACGUCAGAAUGAGAAGUACUACAUUCUGCGGCCGGAGGUCAUCGAGACUUACUGGUACAUGUGGAGGUUCACCCACGAUCCCAAAUACAGACAGUGGGGCUGGGAGGCUGCACAGGCCAUCGAUAAGUACUGCAGAGUUAGUGGAGGUUUCUCCGGUGUGAAGGACGUUUACUCCUCCAACCCCACCUACGACGACGUGCAGCAGAGCUUCUUCCUGGCUGAGACACUCAAGUAUCUGUACCUGUUGUUCUCCAGUGAUGACCUGAUGCCGUUGGAGAACUGGGUGUUCAACACAGAGGCCCACCCACUGCCCGUCCUCCACCUGGGGAACAUCACCCUGCCCGGCAGCGAGCCGGCCCAGCGGUAGACACGCAGGCCCGCCUCCUCUUUACGCCACCAGGGGGCGCCUCCUGCCCGCCCAAACACCCGCCCGCCUACACUGAACAAACUUCCAUACAGCUCUUCAGACUCUCCACUGCUUUUACUGCAGGCAUCAACCAGAGGGGAUGCAGACAGAGAUACAGACGCUGCAGAGAGGAGAGGACGUGGACACUCCUCUCUUCUUCUUCUUUGCUUUUACUCUUUGACUCUGUCGACCUCUGUCUUCUCUGUUUGACUCAGAAGGACGGUGGGUGUGCUGCUCAGCCUCAAGAUUGGCUUGAAUUAAACUCUUUAUUCCUUUGAAGGACCGAGCUCCAAACGGGAGGCUUGAAUUAGUUUUUUUUUUUUUUAGAGUUUAUUUGAGGUUUGACCAAACUUUCCUUCCAUACUGACUCAAGCUGAGGCACUCAGAGUGCACAUGGGGUUUGUGAAGGAUCAGACAGUCUGACACUGCACUAAUGAGAAGUGUCACUUUUCCAGACAGACAGACAGACAGACAGACAGACUGGAGGACUUCACAGGGUCUGUUGAUGAGGGUGUGUGUGUGAGUGUGCGUUUUUUUUUUCUUUUUUAUUUCUUUGAUGGACAAAUCAUUACUGGGGACACAGGGUUGAAUCAGAGCCCUCCUCCUGUUCCAACCCGACCCUGAUCCACUUCAGUUGAAUCUACAUCAGAUGAACUUUGACCUGGAACUGUUACCAGCUUGUCAUAGUGUGAGGAAGGGUUGUGGAAACAGUCCCUCCCCCGAAACCCUUUUUUUUUUGUUUGUUUUUUUGUUUUCCUCCAGAAAUGUGGGCCAUCAUAAGUGAAACAGUAAUUUGCUGGGGACAACGGCAGACAUCCUGUCUACACUUUCCCUUCCAGUCAGAGACGACUCUCCCCGACUCCAUUCUGCUGCUACUCAGUCGGAUGCUGCGUCUUAAAUCACCCCACUUUUUACUGAUCGUACUUUCUGUUACCAUAUCAAACCUUUUCUUAUCUCUCCCGUCCAAGAAGUUCAUACUUAUUUCACCUGCAUUUUUAUAAAUUACUCUUAAUAAUACCAUCACGGCAUUAGUUUGGAUGCUUUAAAAUGGCGUUGGAUUCAAACCAUAUUCACAGUCGGUGAUUUACCAACACUAUGUGCCGGUCAGCGCAUCCUCAGUUUGGAGACACAGCACAGAUGGUAAACAUUAGACAGAAUUAACUAAAAACAACGUCAAUGAAAGCAAACACUAUAUUUGAAGUUUGUCAUUUUACCAAACUGUCAGACAGUCCUUCAUGACCAUUAUAUCCAGUUGUGUUCACAUCAUAGCCACCAGAUUCUCCUGACAGAAACAGUCUUUUUACCUCAGUCGUUCAGCAGGUUGGUUUGGUUUGAAGAUUUAAGGGGAUGGACUUGAAAUGACUGAUUCAGAUUUUUGUUAUUAGCAUAUGAACACCUGAAAUUAAGAAUCACAGUGUUUUUUUGUUCCCUGUGAAUGAGCUGUUUGUAUUUUCACAAUCUAUUUUUUAAGUUAUUUUUGAGUUUUUAGUUAUUUUACCUACAACAAACAAGGCCAGAAUGAACAACACAACACAAAUUAUGGUUUUAAUGGAAGCUUUUUUUUUUUUUUUUGCUAUUUGCAGAUCUGUUAAAUGUGAGCGUUGAUGGGCGAUUUCUUUGCCGGGUUGGCACAUGUCCCACAAAUAUAAGAAUCAAUGUGUCUUUUGUUACCUUAGAGUGAGUUGUUUUUAUUUGCAGAGGGUGGAUUCCCCAGGCAUUUAUCUACAGCAGCUCAGAAUGAACGUCCCACGUUCUUAUUUGCAUUUUCAGCCUCAUGGUCCAUGACCGGCAUUAAGAUUAAAUGUGUUUUGAGUUAAUA